CGCGUGUCACAAAAAUUUUGUUCGGAAAUGUAAAUUUAGUUGAAUAUUCGCUUUCUUUCACGGCCUCGUCAAGCCGUUUAUAAACAAAUUUAAAGUAUCCUUGUUUGAUUUUGUCGACAAAGUACUUCCCUGCCUCGAAAUGGAUGACGUUGCUAGAUUGUUUGGCUUAAGUUUUUGCAUGUUUGUGGGAUGUUAUGUAGCGGGUGCAAUACCUCUCGCCUUCACCAUGUCUGAGAAGCGAUUACGGAUGGUCAGUAUACUCGGAGCUGGUCUUUUGGUAGGAACGGCACUUGCUGUCAUCAUUCCUGAAGGAGUUCAUGCUUUAUAUGAACCACAACAGCAUGGACAUGUUUCCCACAGUCAUGGUUCCCAUCUUCACUCAGAGACUGCUGCUGAUGAUACAUCACAGCCUCACAUAGACAAAGCUCAUUCACAUGUUGAUGUGUUAAAGCAUCAAAUCUCGCAAGUUGAACCUGAUGUAUUUAUUGGCCUGUCUUUGUGCUGUGGCUUUGUGUUUAUGCUUCUGAUUGAUCAUAUAAGUGGUGGUCAUUCGCAUGCACCCUCUGGACCAGAUCCAGAGGGUAAUGGCCGUCAAAGGCAUAGCAAAAUCACAGCGACAGUUGGUCUUGUUGUUCAUGCUGCAGCUGAUGGUGUAGCCCUCGGAGCAGCUGUGUCUACUUCAAAAACAGAAGUUGAAGUGAUUGUAUUUGUAGCUAUUAUGUUGCACAAGGCACCGGCUGCUUUUGGUUUAACAACUUUUCUUCUUCAUGAAGGACUUGUUAGAAAUAGAAUACGAAGGCAUCUUAUAGUGUUUGCGGCAGCAGCACCAACAAUGGCCUUGGUCACUUACUUUGGUCUUAGUCAGAGCAGUAAGGAAGUACUAUCAAGUGUAAACGGCACUGGAAUAGCCAUGUUGUUUUCAGCAGGAACAUUCCUUUAUGUGGCAACAGUGCACGUACUACCAGAGCUUAUGAGUAUGAAUGCACAAGGAGAGAAUGGUUCAGACCAAGGACGAUCUGACAAGAUGCAAAGAACUGAUUUAUUUCUCAUGGUGUUUGGAAUUGUAUCUCCUCUUCUACUUUCUCAAACACACAGCCAUCAUUAAAGUUCUAACUCUUUCCCUCUAAAAAGGAUGGCUCUAUUUUUCAUUUUUGAAUCCCUGGAUGAAAUCCUAGAGUGUGGCAAUUUGAAUGGCAGCUACUGAGCAACACUGUCAUGGCGGUGCUGUUCAUGCGUGUUUUAUAAUUUUUCCUCGUGGAAAAUUAGAAAAUUAGAAAAUUAAUUAAAUUGCUUUUUGGCAUUUCUAGGAGGUAUAUGGCAUGACUGUAUUUAUUGAAUGAAGCUGAACAUUGUAAGUGUCAAAGUUACAUGUAUUAAUCAAAAUUCAGCUUUACUGUCUGCGACACAUCUCUCUAGAAAGGUGGGAAAUAUUGGUCGCAAGAGAAAAAGGAGAGAUAUAGACAGAGGAAAGUUCCAGUGUGUAGUUUUGAAAAGUGUCUAUACCCGCCACAGAGGGCAAUUGGAAAGUCCAAUGGGAGGGUUCUGGGGUG